CUCCCCACGUCCAAGAUCCCGGAGCUAGCUCCCAACUUACACCUUCACAUAUUCCCAUAUUCCGUAUCAAAUAAAGGCCGUCAAAAAUGCCUCGGGUUGUUGGCCGCUGGGAUACCAGCGAUGAUGAGCGACAAUGCUGCUCUCAUUGGGAGCUCACCAGUGGCAAGCUCAUUGAGGUUGGUGAUCGCUUCACCCAGGAAGCCUUCGCGUUCAUCGACGACCUGCUGGAGGAGCAGCCGGUUGCAAGACCAGCAAAGCGCCAGCGGGUGCAGGGUCCUAUUGAAGUCUACGGCGACGAGCUCGUGGUCUCGAAGCGUUCAGCCUUGGUUGAAAGUUCAACACCCAGCCGCCAUCUGAGCAGGCCAAAUGUGGGCGUAUCGCUGCACCUCAACCACGCCGAGGCCGCUGGAGGAGCAGGGCUGAAUCUACUGCUUAGCUGUUGUCGUCGCCUUGACAAAGAAUCGGCGUUUUGUCUGUCGAUUCACCUCCCAGACGGCAUCCCCGAGCCAAUUCGCGCUUUCAUCGACUUCGGCGACAUGGUCCCGCGCACGCGCAAGGCUGGCAACCUCACCAUGUUAACCGACCUCGAUCUCCGGCUCGAAGGCGGCGAGGCCGUCUUGUCACUCAAAUUCCGGCUCCUCCUGGAAGUGGGUUCUGCCUCGACGUCCCCCUCUACCUACCGCUGGGGCUGGGUUAGAAAGGCUCGCAAUCUGGCCUUCGAGGCUUUCAUGCCGGCUGUCCCUCUCGCGACUACGACCAACGGGUCGCCACAGGAUUUCUACAGAGCAGCGCACAUCACGGAACCUGACUACUCAUCCAUGCACAUCCCGGGGCUUGCUGCGACGCUGUAUCCAUUCCAGAGGCGUGCGGUUCGGUGGAUGCUUGGGAGAGAAGGCGUGCAAUGGCAUCCGCCUGUCGACGGGGCCUCGCAUGGAACCAUCGCUCCAUUUGCCUCACAGCCGGCGACCCCUGUCGGCUACACCGAGCUGCAGGAUGUCGAUGGCCAGGAAUUUUACAUCAGCGAAUUCCAUGGUGUCACGGCCCGAGACGACUCGGGACUGCGGCGAGACCGAGUCGAAAACGAAAAAGGCGGAAUCCUUGCCGAGGAGAUGGGUCUUGGAAAAACACUCGAGAUUCUCGGGCUGAUCCUCCUCAACCGUCGUCCUUCCGCUCCCGACCAUGUCGUUAACGUCUCAGCCCCAGAUGCGAAUCUAGAGCUCAGCGGUGCUACUCUGAUCAUCACGCCCGAGACUCUUCGGGACCAGUGGGCGAGUGAGCUCUUGAAGCAUGCGCCAAGGCUUCGCGUCAUGGUCUACCGCGGCAUGCGAAAGGUGACCAAGAAGCAUGUCGACGCCGAGAGCGAGGCUGCUUUAGUGGCACAACUUGCUGAUCACGAUGUCGUAAUCAUGACCUACAAUGAACUCAGGAGCGAGAUUCAUUAUGCGAUACCGCCUCCUGAUCGUUCUCGAAGGCGCGAGAGAAAGUAUCACCGCCCACUCUCGCCGCUGAUGCGGAUUUCCUGGUGGCGCGUCUGUCUCGACGAGGCGCAGGAGAUUGAUAGCGGUGUCGGCCACGCUGCUCAGUUGGCGCAGAUGAUCCCGCGUGUGAAUGCGUGGGCCGUUACUGGAACGCCCAUCAAAGACGACCUCAAGGACCUUCGGGGCCUUCUCUUGUUCCUCCACUCGGAUUUCUUUGUCCUGCCGAAUGUCUGGGACAAACUUGUCAGCUACCAGGGGAUCUUUCGCCAUCUCUUCCGUCAGAUCAGUCUGAGGCAUACAAAACACCUCGUCAGAGGCGAGCUCGAGCUUCCAGCGCAAAAGCGCUACGUGAUCAAUAUUCCCUUUAACGCGGUCGAGGAGCAGUACUAUCAAAGGCUCUUUCGCUCUCUCGUCAAGGCAUGUGAGCUGAACGACCAGGGUGAGCCGACGACCGAGAACUGGAGGCCCGAAGAGCACACCCGCGUGAUGCGGAACUGCCUUGAUCUACUACGAAAGGCCGCGCUGCACCCACAAGUGGGCGCUCGAGGCCACACAGCAGGCCGCAACCCACUCCGAACCGUGACCGAGGUUCUAGAUUUCAUGCUUCAGGAGGCGGACAGCAACUUCCUGACCAGCCAGCGCGCUCUGCUGGCUUUGAAGCUCACCAGGGGCCAACUCUUUGAAGAGACGCCGAGGAAGAAGGAAGCGCUGGAAAUCUGGCAGGAGGUUCUCGAUACUAUUGAGCCGGUUAUCGGGGCCACGCGCGAGGAGAUUCGUAUAGCACAGUCGAGCGCAGCCGAUGACGACGCAGAUGACACAAGUGAUGAAGAGGAAAAGGCAGGGAAUUUGCGUUUACGAGAAGCACAGCGAAAGCUGCGAUAUUCCCUCGAGAUCCAGCACAAAGCCAUCUUCUUUCGCGGCAACGUCUACUUCCAGAUAAGAACCGACAACGACAUGACGGAUCCUGAGGACAAGGAUGAGAUUGAGCGGCUGAGCAAGCUUGAGGAAGAAUGUUACGCCCGAGCAAAGCGUGUUCGACAAGAGAUCCUCCAAGACUCUCACCAAAAAGCUUCUAAGCUCAUGGCCCGGAUCGAGGACAAGGCGAAGCGCCAAGACUUUGCUGUAAUCCCCAACAUGGAGUGCGACAUACGGCCCGGGAUCGAGACGAGCAUGAUCGUGGACAUGACGGAAUCUCUAUGCGCAGCCUUGAACGAGCAAGCGGAUCAGCUCGACGGCUGGCGCCAGCGACUCAUCGAGCUCGUUUGUAAGCCCCUGGUCGACGAGGACGAAGACGUGGAAGUGACUGGCGACGAGUACGGCGACUCCACAAAGGUCCAGGAGGAGAUGAUCGUGUUUGUUCAAGUCAUCAGAACAGCUCUUGCUGACCGCCACGCGGCCCUCUCGGGCCAACCUGUCAGCAAGCUUGUUGUGGUUGAGACUAAGGCAUCCAUCGCACAAGCGCUGGAGGGCGAGGGUCCUGCCCCUGAGUUACUGAUCGAGCUGUUCGACCAGCGAGCACGUGUGUCGCCAACCAACUGCCAGGGAUCCGUCAGGUCCUUGCUUGGUGACCUUCGAACGGUCUCGGCUUCCCUCAAACACCAAAACUCGGAUCGUGCGCAGGCGGAGCAGGCAGUGGUUGAGCAGCUGCAACAGAAGCUGACGGCCAUGUGGAAUAAGCAAAGCAAGGCCCAGACGGUGAUGGAGCAGGAAGUGGACCUUUUCACAUCCAUCAUGAACAUCCGUGUCGAAUACUACCGCCAGCUACAGGCCAUUUCUGACGACCUGGCGCCCUACCAGGGCGCCAAGGACGACGGGGCUCGGGCUCUGACAAGCAUGGAGGCCCAGGAGAAGACGCUCAGCGACAAGAUUGCAAAGGCUCAGGCUGAGCACCGGUACUUGCUCAACCUCAAGGGUUCUGGGGACAAGGACGAGAUUCGAAUGUGCCCCAUCUGCCAAACUGAGAUCACGAACGGCGUCAUCACCACGUGCGGACACCAAUUCGACAAGGACUGCCUGCUGCCAUGGCUCAGCCGCGCUGGCAACUGCCCAACCUGCAAACGCCCUGUCAGGCCAUUCCAACUACAUCCUUUCACGCUGAAGCCGCAGCAGCUCAAGCUCAUGGACAGCGGCGAUAAGGACUGUGACGCAGCCGGCGGCACCAACAACGACGGCCGGAAGCCGUCCAGCCCCAAGUCCAAGAAUGACAUAUACUCGUCGUUCAACGCCGAGAAGCUGGCCGAGAUCAAGGCGGUGGAGCUGGACGGACCUUCGUACACGACCAAGGUGGACGCCAUUGUGCGUCACCUCCUGUGGCUUCGGGAGAGCGACCCCGGGGCCAAGUCCAUCAUCUUCUCGCAGUACACCGACUUCUUCAAGGUGCUUUCGGACGCCUUCGACCGAUACCGGAUCGGGUUCUCGUCCAUCAGCGACCGGGCCGGGAUCCAGCGCUUCACCGAGGACCCGGGCAUCGAGUGCUUCCUGCUGCACGCGCGCGCGCAGUCAAGCGGUCUGAACCUGGUCAACGCGAACCACGUCAUCCUGUGCGAGCCGCUACUCAACACGGCGCUCGAGCUCCAGGCCAUCGCGCGCGUGGAUCGGAUCGGGCAGCAGCAGGACACAACGGUGUGGCUGUACAUUGUCGAAGGGACAGUGGAGGAGUCCAUCUACAAUCUGUCGGUGCAACGCCGGCUCGAGCACAUGGACCGGAACCUCAAGGGCAAGGCGAAAGGCGUCGACGAGUCAAGCCUCGAGAUAGCAAACGCCCUGGAGAUGGAACAGGCGUCGCUCACCAGGCUCAUGCGCAAGCGCGAGGGCGGCGAGGAGGUGGGCGAGGAGAUUGCGAUGGACGACCUGUGGACGUGCAUCUUUGGCCACGUGGGCCGCCGUGGUGCGGAUAACGAUGGUCGGGCGGCGGCGGCGGCGGGUGAGGGCGUUGUCGUCGACGGCGGUGAAGACGAAGAGCUGGCAGAGGAGAUUCGCGGGCACGAGACAAGGUUAAGGAACGAGCCCGCCAUCCGCAGGCGGCUGCUUGCUGAUGCCGCCGAGGAGAGGCGCAGGAACGUGGUGGUUAUCGAAUCGGACGACGGCAGCGAUUAGGGUCAAUUGCGGGAAUGUCGGGACCACAAGGUGGUGAUUCUUUUUGCAGUGAUGUACGAAAUAUAAUACAAAACACGUAAACGAUCUGAUUUGCG